CCAUCACCCCCGUCCCUCUCUCUCUCUAAAAACUUUUUUCGAGCAACUCUUCUGCGUUUCUCCACACUCGCAAAAAGCGAGAAUUUCGAAAGGGGAAGAAUCGAAGGACGGCGCUGCUUGGAAGCUCGGGCGGCCGUUUCGGGUUGCUUUCACUUGGAAACGGGGAAUCAUAGUUUAGGUGCCUAAACGGGAGUUUGCGGGAAAGUUUGAUUUUUGAAACCGCCGCCUUGUUUUGAUCACUGGGAGCGAAGGCUUUCUCUUUGGUUUCUGGAGGAGAUGGUUGAUUGAAUUUGGGUUCCGGUUACUCGAAAAGGCAGUAACAGGAAAAAGGUUUGUGAAAGGAAAGGCGUUUGUUUAUGGGGAAGGUGGGGGUAGCCUUGGCGGCGGGGUGUGCGGCGGCGGCGUGCGUGGUGGCGGCCGUGAUGGUAGGGAGGAGUGUGAGACGGAGGAGAGGCUGGAGGAGGGUGGUGAGGGUGCUUGAGGAGCUGGAGGAGGGAUGCGCCACCACUGUGGGGCGGCUGCGCCAGGUUGUUGAUGCUAUGGCGGUUGAGAUGCACGCGGGCCUGGCCUCUGAGGGCGGGUCUAAGCUUAAGAUGCUUCUCACCUAUGUUCACGACCUUCCUACUGGCAAUGAAAAAGGGAUUUAUUACGCCCUAGAUCUUGGUGGUACCAAUUUCAGGGUUCUGCGGGUUAAGUUGGGAGGCCAAAGGUGCAUCAUUGAGCAUGAUGUUGAUCUGCAACCUAUUCCGCAACAUUUGAUGACAAGCAGUAGCGUGGAGCUUUUUGAUUUUAUAGCGACAUCAUUAAAGGAUUUUGUUGAAAGGGAAGAAAAUAUUUCUGAACCUUCACAAAGGGAAAGAAGAGAACUUGGCUUCACAUUUUCAUUUCCAGUGAAACAAACUUCUUCUUCUUCAGGAACUCUGAUGAAGUGGACGAAAGGAUUCUCUAUCGAAGACGCGGUUGGUAGAGACGUUUCUCAGUGCCUUCAGGAGGCCUUGUCCCGAAAAGGAUUGGAUAUGCAAGUGACUGUCCUUAUUAAUGAUACUGUGGGAACCUUGGCUCUUGGUCAUUAUCAUGAUGAAGAUACUGUAGCUGCUGUGAUUAUUGGAACAGGUACUAAUGCCUGUUAUUUGGAGCGUGCAGAUGCGAUCAUUAAAUGCCAAGGUCUUCUUACAACUUCGGCGGGCAUGGUAAUCAACAUGGAAUGGGGAAAUUUUUGGUCAUCUCAUUUGCCGAGAACACCAUACGAUGCAGAAUUGGAUGCUGAUAGUCCUAACCCAAAUGAUCAGGGUUUUGAGAAAAUGAUAUCAGGAAUGUAUCUAGGAGACAUUGUGCGAAGAGUAAUUCUUCGGAUGUCUCAGGAAUCAGAUGUUUUUGGACCUGUAUCUUCGAAAUUACACGAGCCUUUCAUCUUGAGGACACCUAUGGUUGCUGCUAUGCAUGAGGAUGAUUCCUCCAACUUGAAUGAGGUUGCGCAAAUAUUGAAAGACACUCUGGAGAUCCCUGAUGUUCCUCUUAAUGUUCGGAAGCUUGUCGUGAAGGUAUGCGAUGUGGUAACCCGCAGAGCAGCCAGAUUGGCAGCGGCUGGUAUUGUGGGAAUAUUAAAGAAGAUUGGCAGGGAUGGGAAUAGUGGAAUGACAGGUGGUAAAACCAAAGGUGGAAGCCGAAUUAAGAUGAGAAGAACGGUAGUAGCAGUGGAGGGAGGCUUAUACGCAAACUAUACAAUGUUCAGGGAGUAUCUGAAUGAAGCGAUGAGGCAAAUAUUAGGCGAGGAUGUGGCUCCUUAUGUCAUACUUAACGUGACAAAUGACGGAUCAGGUAUUGGAGCAGCACUCUUAGCUGCCUCUCAUUCAGCAUCAACCAUUACGGAAAACACAAAUUUUAUAGUUAUAUGAAUAUACAUAAUACAUAUAGCCCCUGUAAAUUUGUAGAAAAUAUAUCUUACCAUAAAGCGGCUUGCCGGAGGGAGGGAGGGUUUGUGCAUAUAUGUCAUAGUAGGUUGAUAUCAUAGGUUACAAUUUCUCAAUGAUAUUUGGGAAUUCAUUUAGAAUAUAAGAAGGCUAAGGAAUUGUCAAAUCUCAUUUUGUGUCUUCCAGUUUGUGUAAUAGGUACAGGUUAACUAUGGUCUGAAGUAUUGAGUUCAAUUCCAUUUAUUCAUUUAUUUAUUUCA